AUGGCUGAAAGUGCAGCAGCGAUGGAUCAGAAGAUGAAAAAGAGAGUCUCUGAAAUUGCGAAGUCGUUCGACCAGAAAUCAGACGAGUCCUAUGCCCGCCAGGUGCAAGAUGAAGAAUACAACAAAAAAUAUGAGUGGAAUAAAGAUGAGAGGAGGGUAGCCCGUACCGACGUGCCCCUGGCCAGACUGGCCUACAACGAAGAAGCGGAAGCUGAUGAAGAGUUGGCUAGACAGAUUCAGUCAAAAGAAUCGGAAAGGGUGGAGCAUCAGUUGAGAAUGCUUGAUGAGAGUAGAAAGAUGGCUCUUCUGCUUAGCAACUCUACAAUAACCAACAAAAACAACAACAACAGACCACAACACAGUCGUAACAUCAACAACAACACCAACAACAACACCAGCAACUUUAACGAUGAGGAACUUGCUAGGAUAAUCCAAGAGAAGGAGAGGCUGGAAGCUGAAAAGUUGAGAAUACAGCAAGAAAUAAGAGAUCAGAAAAAACUUGGUGGCAAGGUGAUAUCCUUUAAGGAGUUCAGUGGCUUCCAUCUGGACGAUGAUGGAGAGAUGGACGAAGAGGAGAGGAAAGAGAUCAUGAGGAUGCAGGAUGAGGAGUUAGCUAAAGCACUACAAGAAUCUGAAGAGAUGAAAUUAAGACGCAAACAACAAGCCCAACAACAAGAUGAAACUGAGAGGAUGAAGAUGGAGAGAGAUGCCGAGUUUGCCAGGUUACUCCAUGAAACUGAUAAGUUGAAACUGCUUCAGAAACAACAGAGCGCUCAGCAGCCUACAGCUCAGCGGUCACUCUCUUACCAAGCUUGGUCAGCAAGAACUUCUACAACUACUACUACAACUUCCGCUGAGAAUGAUGAUGAUGAUUUCUAUGAUAAAUCUAGCAACAACAUCAACAACAACAACAACAAAAAUGACAUCUAUAAAAACAUGGUCUCUGCUGCUAAUAACUCCAUGACAACAACAACAGUGAAUUACGACGACGAUAACAUUAGAAAUGAAAGAAGAAACAUCAACAACAACAAAAGCAACAACAACAAUAAAAGCAACAACAGCAACAAAAACAGCUUGUAUCUCAACUACACGACAGUAAGCAACAUCAACAACAACAGCAACAACAAUUUGAAUCGACAAAGCAAAACUCAGUCGCUAUCAUCGCCCCCGUCAUCAUCAUCGGCACUAUUUAGACCGUUGCCGAACAUACCGCAACUGCAACCGCAACGAGACACUGCUGAUGUUGACAGUAUUUAUAUGGGACCAGAUGCCGUCUAUCAGAAUUUGUCAGCUUUUUUUUAA